CCUCAUCGCCGGGACGCCCCUUCGAACAGCGACCGUCCAGAUCAUAGUCGAAAUAACACUGCACAAAGAACAUAGCUUCAAGAUGGACAGUCUUCUGGCGCCGAUUCAAGAAGCCCUGGAAGGCCAAAUCGAUUUCCAGGGCCAGCGCAUUGCAGAACUCCUUUCCACCAUCCUACUGGUUAUCUCGGGUGCCCUGGCGUUCAUUGUUGGAUACAUCUUUCAAGACAUUCAUCUAACACUCUGGGUCGGAUUGGCAGGCACAUUGGUGACUGGGUUGGCUGUCAUUCCGCCUUGGCCUAUGUACAAUAAGAAUCCCGAGAAAUGGCUGGUUCCCUUGACGGCGGGCGUGGGAGGUGCAGGGGUUUUGGUAGACGGAGUUAGGGUUGCGUGAGGCAAAGCUUUGGGCUUUGGGAGUGUUAAUUUGAUCUCUUGAAAUCGAUCACAACUUGUCCGCUUGCAUAUACACAACCCAAACCUGUAUGGAUCUUUUAAAGCCGCUGCCGAGAACUGCAAAACGAACCACAAACGCCAUAAAGAGCCCUCCCUUCGGUUCUACCCAGCCGGGAUACUAUAAGACAGAAAGGUGACCCGCCCAUAAUCGAACCCUGCAAUCUUGGACACAUGUUUACCGGCCGUACUUCUGGAAUUCCCAAUCUCUGUUGUCGAGUGGGCAAACUUGACGGGUCUUCA